AUGCCUGCGCAUAUGGUGAAGUUUGAUAAAAGAACAAGCUUUCGUGCUUUCGUCAGCCUCGCUCGGAAGCGGUAUUACAUUACGACUUGCAGCAAGGCAGAUAUUGACGAGCACGGCAAAGCUUCUUGGCUUGUUCGAUGGGAGGACGAGUGGCUCGAUGAUCAUCUCAUGGACGACCUAUGGGUGGAUGUGUCCAGUCAGUCCACCCCUGAGCAUGAAGCCCAUUCGCAAACUUUUCAGAGUGCUGCGUCCCUAUCACUCUCCUGUACUUUGAGUCCAAACGCUGGAGAUACUGGUACGCAGAUCGACGACACGGCUGGGUCUGAUACCGAGUUGUGGAACGACAUCGACGAGAUCUUUCACAGUGUACCGUCCAGCCCACCAGGCCUCAGUAAAGUUCUACCGAGCUCAGCUACCUUGCUACUGCAAAGCUCGACCCCUCCGACUGAAGACGGAAGAAACGUACGAGUGGAGUCUCCAACCUCCACAUCAAGCGCUUCACCUGCCGUUGGCGACCCACCCGAGCUCAUGGUACCUGGCGAAGCCGAUGUCGACUACGGCAUGGUGAAGCUCGUACACCAAGCCAUCGAAACACGUACAGCAAUUAAGUUGUUCGGCCAACAAGGAGAGCUGCGUCCAACCCUUGCAAAGUGGCCCAAGGACAAACACCCUCGUCGACGUACGGCUAUGUUUGCCAAGAACUUUGCGCAGCGGCAUAAGAAGUUCAACCUCAGCGACUGUCGAAAAGCCGAAGCUAUCAUAGUCCACGAGAUUGGCGAAGAAGUCGUGCCUUGCGACUCUUGCCGGGACGGACAUGGUCCCUUGAUCGGGUGUGUCGUGAUGAAUCACUUUGAUCAAGGGGCUUGUACGUGUUGUCGAGCGAACAAGACAUCGCAUAAGUGCAACUUCCAUCAGCAAUACAAAGGGCCUAACCCUCGGACACCUGUCUCUUUGGCUACCUCUUUGCCCGAUAAGGAUAUCGCCAAUGACCUCAGAUCUCCUGCCUUUACCACAAUCGCAACUUCUGACAAGGAGAACUCUCAUUCUAGCGACGUCGAUUUGAACACAUCUGAUGGGUCCACGACUGCUUCAUCACAUCCACGAAAGCGCACGUUUGAUGCCUUCAUGAGUGGUGGUCUCGGGUCAGACUGUGCUGCAAUUUCACAGGAUGGAUCGAUGUUUCUUCCUGGAUCUUCACCGUCUGUCCUUGGUGCUCGGACAAGCAGCUCUCCCUACCCACCCGUCAAACCAACAGCAGUCAGGCAUGUUGGUCUACCCACACCGCCGAGUGAUCUUUUCUUCCGUCGCAGGCGAUCCGGUCAUCAUGAUUCAGGGGCUCGCGCCAUCACAUCAGCCGCCCACGGCCCCCGCUCAUCACCCGCUGCCGCCAAGCAGGAGCGAGGUAACAGUGCCGUGCCCAUUAGACGACCAUCGUCUCAAGACAUGUCGUUGACAAUCGCACGUUGGAUACAGAUCUACGAGAAUAACUUCGGUCUUGAAAACCAAAAGCUCAUCGCCAACGAGUUUCGACAUGCCUGGCGCAGUGACUUUUGCCAGAGUGGCGAACCUGAUCUCAAAAAGAUGCCGGCGUACUUUUGUUUUGGUGCGGGCGCGCAGUGGUUCGAGGAUCUAGCUAUGCCCUUGGCGUGGUCAUCUCGGCCGAAUGGCAAGGCUGAAAUAGGGCCGCUAGUCGUGCUGGAUUAG